AUACAAGAGUUAUCUAAGUAACUCAGCCUCGUGGAACGCGUCGCGUAGCAACUACUGUUAUCGAUAACUGAGAAAUGACGAUGUCACCAGAAGCUUCGAGACGCCGCGUCGUGUACAUGUGUCAGCCAACACUCACUGCGCCUCUGUGUUCUCCUAAGCUUUAGGUGGUCUGUCUGCCUGCAAUACUCUUCCUGUAACAAAUUGCGUCGUAGAAUAUACUGUUAUGUCAGAAAUGGAACCCGCAGAACUCAAGUGGUCGGCGCAUUACUCACUUGCGCACCCCACUCAAAGCAGACGAGAGCUUCCAGGCGAUAAGAUAUUGUUGCCCCCCUCCGCCUUAGAGCAACUGCUCUCUGCAGCUCCCGUUGUGACGAUCGACUCGGACCGUCCCCACAUCACCGCUUUCGAUCCAUACAACCCGUACACAUACGCCGCCGAGCGACAGGCGCGCGCACAAUUUCAGGAUCGCCACCAACAACUACCACACCCGCUCACGUUUCGACUCGUGAACCCAGACAAUGGCAGGGCGGUACAUGCAGGGAUACGCGAGUUCUCGGCAGAAGAGGGACAGAUAGUCCUGAGCAGUUUUCUGAGGGAAGCCCUAGGUAUAACAGGAGAGUCUGCGGAUCCCUCGAGAAGAGGAAGCCCAGAUGGCCAUGGUGGAGGGGAUGAAGUCAUGGGUAAUGGCGUCGAGCAGCCUGCCAUGGGUGAGUCGGUGGCAAAGAUUACCGUGCAUGCAAAACAACUACCCAAAGGCACAUUUGUGAAGCUACGGCCUCUGGAAGCUGGCUACGAUCCAGAGGACUGGAAGUCUCUACUCGAGGAACACUUGCGAUCGAACUUCACUACGCUUACAAAUAAGGAAGUGUUAGUAGUCUAUGGUGGCCGUGGAAUUGGCGGCAAGCGCGAGGAAUUUCGCUUCUUGGUGGAUGGCUUCAAACCAGAAGGAGAUGGGAUAUGCGUAGUAGACACAGAUCUGGAGGUCGACAUAGAAGCACUGAACGAAGACCAGGCGCGAGAGACUUUGAAAAGCAUAGCAGCAAAGAGACAACGAGCACCUGGGACAACAGAGGGCAGUUCCACCGGCGGGGCUAUCAACAUCUUUAAGGGUCAAGAUGGUCAAGUACUCGAAGGAGAAUAUGUCGAUUACGAACUGCCUUCGUGGGAUAGGUCACAAGGUCUGGAGAUCUCAUUAGGCGAGGUCGAGGACGAUGAUGAACUUGACUUGUUCGUGAGCCCAUACUCCUCGCGACAGCGAGUGCGCCCACGGGAAGACGAGCACGUUUUUGCGGAUCUAUCGAGUCAACAUCCUAAGCGCAUACGUUUACAACCCACAAACGUUGAGCUGGACGAAGCGGAGGCUAUCUGGAUAUCUGUCCACGCACAUCCCUCGGACUCACCUUCCAGCACACCAAAACCAUUCCAUCUCAGGGUGGCUACAUUUGACCCAAAGUCCGAUUCAGCAACAAGCGGGAGUGAUGGCAAGGAGACUGCACAUACACCUGACGAAGUGCAAUGCAAGAACUGUCAUCAAUGGGUGCCCAAGAGCUCUCUCUUCCUACACGAAAACUUUUGUCUACGAAACAACAUCCUCUGUCCCCAGGGUUGUGACCAAGUCUUCCAGAAGCGUUCUCCAGCCUUCCAAAACCAUUGGCACUGCCCUCACGAUACUUUUACCGGAAACACUCUCCAAAGCUGUCAGAAGCACGACGCAAUCUAUCACACCCCACAAACCUGCUCGUCUUGUGGUCUUGAUUUCCCCUCAAUACCCACUCUCUCCCACCACAAAACCACCACCUUCCCACAAGAAGGCGAUCCCACUGAGCCACCUAACCCCGAACUCCUCCUGUCGGGCCUCACACCUCAUGAGCUUGCAGAUGGCGGCCGAACAACAGAAUGCCACCUUUGCAACAAAAUCAUCCGCUUCAGGGAUAUGGACACACAUCUCCGGCACCACAACCUAGAGCGUCUAUCUCGCCCCACACCCCGCCUGUGCCGCAAUGUAAACUGUGGCCGUACGCAAGACGGUGCGAACAAAAUGGGAGACACGCGCGCCGGUACACGAAAAGGUCAGGGCCCUGGUAACGAAAUAGGGUUAUGCAGCGUGUGCUUCGGUCCUUUAUAUGUCUCUUUGCACGAUCCAGAGGGCAAAGCGCUGCGUCGUCGUAUCGAGCGCCGAUAUCUAAGCCAACUCCUCACUGGCUGCGGCAAAGCGUGGUGCAGAAACGAGUAUUGCCGCACCGGACGCAAGAAUCUCGGGCAAGGCGAUAAAUCCGUACCCACGCGAGAAGCCAUACCGCUCGUCAAGGGGUUCUUGGACGGCAUGGAUGGCAGGGGAUACAGCACUCCACUGCAUUUCUGCGUCGACGAGCGAAGCCAGAAGUCGCGAACACUAGCAGAAAUGCUGAGCGCGGAGACGGGUAUCGAAGGGAAAGGCGGGUAUGGUCUGGAAUGGUGUGCUGCUGGUUUGGAGGCCGAGGGUGGGGAUCUGGAGAAGGGCAGGGCCUGGUUGAAGGGUUGGGCGCCACAGAGGAGCGAGGAAUCCUAG